AAUUCCCAAAUAAAAAACAUUUCACAGCUGGGACUUUGUGUAUUUGUUUAUAAAUAUCCUUGUUUUUGUUAUAAUUUUCAAACUUCUUCGAAAAAAUGAAGAAAACAUUAGAAUCUCACCCAAAGAAUUUAAUUGAUCAGUAUCUUAAGGCUUCGAACAAGCUUAAAAAGUUUGAUAGAGUAGUCUUCAAACGAUUUGCACCAAAUGUAUGCGAAGUCUUGAACGAUUUCAAUGAUUUAUCGCUAAAGUUUGAAGAUGCUGGCAUUUAUCAAUACGCUGCUAUGUGCUACCUUGGAUCUGCCAAAUGUGAACAAAGCAAUGGAAACAAUUUAUCGGAAAUCAAUUGUUAUUUAAAAUCUGCUCGAGCAUUCCUAAAAGCUAAUCAACUUUCCGAAGACCUACAAAUGCGUUCCAACAAAGGAGAAUAUCGCGAAGGUGCCCUAAAGUCCUAUUACUUGGCACUUUCGAGAGUAGCAGAUGAUGGGGUUCUAAAAGCGGCAAUAAUCCGAGAAAUAACAGAAGUGAAUAGCAACUUCGAUGGAACCAGUACAUUUUCUUCGCCAAGUCAUAGAAUAUUUGAUCUUGAACUCUCGGCAAAGAAGAACAUCGAAACUGGUGACUAUUUGGGAGCAUUGGAGAGACUCACAGAUAUUUACGAUAAUCUGACGGAGCGCAAAAAGCAACAUCUCUAUUCGGAUUUGCUUAAAGAAAUCGAGAUCUGUCGACUUUUGCUAUUGAUCAUAUUGAAUCUUCCGCCAUCAAGACAAUCGCCUUCACACAUCAAACUCGUCGAGCACUAUUAUAAUUUCAAAAAGGGCAAUAGUCACGACUUGGACUGUAUGGAACUAAUUUCCUUCGAUUUGAAGUGUAUACUUUCGGAUAUGAUCACUGCCUGGCAUGACGACAGUAAGAGCGAUCUGGGAAAUGCCAUCGACGAACUGUGUGAACUCAGAGAUAUGAGUUCCAUGGAACGCAUGCUGGUAGAAAAUAUAAUGAAGAGUCUUAUCGCAGUUUAG